UAGCAUUUAUUUUCUCUCAAUGGAAGGGAAGGGAAAGAAACUGUGGAGAAGAAUGAAAUGCGAUCAACUUAUUGAUUAUAACUCAUUACCAGCUUAUCUUAAAGACAAUGAAUUCAUUCUGGGUUAUUAUCGAUCUGAAUGGCCAUUGAAACAGCUCAUUCUAAGCAUCUUCCAUGUCCACAAUGAAACCAUUAACAUUUGGACGCAUUUGAUUGGAUUCUUGUUGUUUCUUUUCCUCACCAUACACGCAGCGGCUAAGAUUCCAAGCACGAUUGACAAUUUAAGAAGAGUUGAUUUUAGCAAAAUAUGUGAAGAGGUUGUAAAUUGCCUUAUUUCAUUGCCAACAAUGGCCGAUCUUUCUCGAUUAAAGGAUGCACUUUCCUCACUUUCUACUUGGCAUAUUACACAAGUUAUCACCAAGUGUUUGCCCCAUCAUUUAUCGAGUACCAACAAUUUUAAUGCAACAACAUCGGAUGGCUCUAUUUCGGUUAUUAACCAUCAAAGUGGCAUUGGAAGUAAUGUUGCAAUGAUACAACCAAUCACAAGGUGGCCAUUUUUUGCCUUCUUAGGAGGCGCCAUGUUUUGCUUACUUAAUAGCACUUUUUGUCACCUCCUCGGUUGUCACUCGGAGCGCCUUCGUUAUGUUGUCCUCCGCCUCGACUAUGCUGGAAUCGCCGUCCUAAUCUCUACUUCAUUCUACCCUACGGUCUAUUAUUCCUUCAUGUGCCAUCCUCUCCCACUUUACCUCUACCUUUCUACCAUAACCUCCUUUGGCAUCAUAACCAUCCUUUUAUCUCUUCUCCCCUCGUUUCAAAAACCAAGUUUUCGGCCCUUUCGAACAACGUUAUUCAUCGCCAUGGCCGUAACAGGUGUAGCACCUAUAGUCCAUAAGGUAUGGGUCCAUGGAAACCAACCGGUGAUUAUUGAGACUACAAAGAAUGAGGUGAUGAUGGGGAUAUUUUAUGGUCUUGGGGCAAUUGUUUACGCAACUAGAAUACCGGAAAGGUGGUGGCCAGGAAAGUUUGAUCUCGUCGGAAGUAGCCACCAGUUGUUUCAUAUGUUGGUGAUUGCGGGCGCUUACACACACUAUCGAGCUGGCCUUAUUUAUGUUGAAUGGCGUGAUUACGAAAGAUGCUAAUUGUUCGUGUUUUUAAUUAUUAUUUAUGCAUUUUCCAAAAGGGAUAAAUUCAUUCAUUCUUAACUAGUUGCUAUUUAGGCUAGUUGGAUUGCUUGAGCCAUUGCAUUAUCGACUAGCUUAAAGAAGUCGAAAUAUUAUAGUCAAAUGUUACAAAUCAAACAACAAUUUUAAGUUAGACCUAAUAAAUUCAAAUAAGUCAGAAUCAAACUAGCUUGUACUUUGGUUACGUUGAUUAAGAUUUAUGGGUGA